UCAAUUAAAUACGAAUUAACAACUGACAUUAAGAAAAAAUACGCUUAAAGCCUCGUUAUUGACACACUAAAAAAUUAACUUCAUAAACAGCAUUUGCUGCGAACGCCAUAACACAAUUUAAACCCCAUUUCUACUGCAUUCGCUUAAAGUCAAUUUCUUCGUGCUAAAUUAAAAAUUAUGUGUACACACAACUACAUGCAUAUACAUAUAGUAUGUGUGUGUGUAUACGAGCAGACAAACUUAUAUAAAUAUAAAUGCGCGAGUAUGCACGGCAACCCCUUCCAAUGGGGGCCAUUGUGUACGGUUUAUUUACUAUUUCAUUUAGCUUACGCGCUGCGCUCACUUGUGGGUUCUUGAAAUUUGAUUGGCGCUCAGCAGCGCUCUUGCGCGCUCUCUGGCGCUCCGGCCCACUCCGGCGCUAGUUUUGUUGGCGGCGGCAGCGGCGGCCCACAGCGCGUACUGGCGACGGCACAACAAGCAGUUGGUUCUGACUCGGCUGCUUUUGAGGCUGUGUUGUCAGUCAUUGAUUGUAACUGUUGGACGACGCCAGCAAAUGACGGUACAAAACAGCACCUCGCGCUCAACCAAAACACACACACGCACGCAUACAUAAAUUAAUAAUAAAAAACAAAUUUUUUUUUAAAGCGCGAAGCACAAUUCGGUCGCUUCAGCAGCGCAGUUGUUCGCCAAAAUAUAUACCGACGCACACACGUACGCGCGCAUAACGGCAAGUGUAUGUAAACAGUCAAUAACAACAACUACAAUAACAACUGCAAACAGCCAAACGCCCCAGUCAGUGAGGCAGCCAAGCAGUGGGCCAGCCAACCAGCCAGCCAUUGAGGCACUCAGUCAGUCGGUCGCUCAUCACUCGUCGCUCGGUCAGCUGUUUUGUGUUUUGUUGUCUCCGCUCGGUGUGUGCGCUCGCUGUGCGCAUCUCAUAUGUAGCGGUGCCCGCCACCUUUGCGACUACAUUUUUAUUCGAGCAUUACGAGCGCUAAGUGUUGUGUGUGUCGCGCGCGCGUCUGUCGUUAACGUUAAGCGGCAACUUGUACAUUCUCAGUCGAAUUUAAAUAAUUUCAAAUUUAAUUAAUUAUAAUUUAUUUUAUAGUAAAACAAGUCAGUCAUACGUUCAACUACUUAAUAAAAAUCAAACAUACAAACGCAUAGUUUCAAGUUCAAAUGCAAAUUCAAAGCGUGGAAAAGUGCUUGUGUUGCAUGUGAGUGUCUUUAUGUGCGUACGCGUUGUCAAUUGAUAUAAAUAUUCAGAUUUAGUGCGAAAGUGUUGCAGAAAAAAAUCCAACAAACAUAAAAAAAAUCAUACAAAUACGCGCCUAGAUACAGCGGCAGCGCGCAACGGAAGUUCGAAAAGGCAAUCGACACAAUUCUCCAAAAUAACCUAAAAAGAAGCCAGUAAAGCAAAGAAAGCACGACUCAGCUCCACAAACAACGACAAAGCUCCCGGAAUACUUCGAUGAGUUACACAGCAAUAGCAAGAACAAGAAAAAAAUAAACCACAAUCUGCAGAAACCAACAUAAAUUAGUAAAAACAACUAUCAAAGGAUACAACAACAAAAAUACAAAAUAGACAAAGAAUUCUCAACCAGUUAAUAAGUGAACUAAAGAAAGCAAGCUUAAUAUUUAAUACAAAAACAACUACAAAACAACCAACAACAACAAUAAGAAUGCGCUUAAAACUUUAAAACCCACAGACGACAACCAAAAACAUAAAUAAAGACACACUUACAAACAAACAGACAGGCAGACAGACGGCCGCAGACAAAAGUCAAGUCAUUUCGGAAUACGAAAUUACAAAUUUAUAAGAAAUUACCAAAACAAAAGCAAAUAGCAACAACAACCAUUAAAUAGUUUGAAAAACGUGCAGCCGCAAAACGCGAGCGAUUAAAUUUGCAUUAACAGCACGCAGCAACAACAACAACAACAGCAGCAGCAACCACAAGCAACAAACAAUAAGCAAAUAGUCUCAGCUUACGAACAAAGGGCGGAGGCAAAGGCGCAGCCAAAUAAUUGAAAUAAACCUGCGACCCACAGCAACAACAACAACAAUAGCAGUAGUAGUAGCUGCAACAACACGUUCGUUAUAAUUAAAUUAUCACGACGCGACAGUAUUGGACAACAAAGGCAACAACAAAUCAAUAUAUUAACAUUGCUAUAAAAACGGCAACAACAGCAAUAACAAACAGCGCAAUUCCAAAACGGUGACAGCGCCAUCUACUUGCAUACAGACAGACAUACAUACCAACAAUCAAAUUAAUAAAUAUAAUAAAAUAAAGUGCGUCUGCACCGGCGGCGAUUACGAUUGAUACAUACUUACAUAGAAUAAAUCACAAGCAGUCGCGGCAACAAUAACAGUAGCAAUAAGCAGUACAGCAACAGCAACAAAAUGCAUAUAGAAAUUCAGGUGGCGUUAAAUUUCGUGAUUUCGUAUCUUUACAACAAACUGCCAAGGCGACGUGUGAACAUUUUCGGCGAGGAGCUCGAGAAGGCGCUGAAGGAUAAGUUCCAAGGCCACUGGUAUCCGGAGAAACCCUUCAAGGGUUCGGCAUUCCGUUGCUUGAAAACUGGCGAUCCGAUCGAUUCGGUUUUGGAGCGUGCUGCGCGCGAGAGCGGUGUACCUAUUGCUGAUAUUUUAGAAAAUUUGCCUGCCGAGCUCUCAGUUUGGGUGGAUCCCGGCGAAGUCUCCUACCGCAUUGGCGAAAAGGGUGCUGUGAAGAUACUCUACUCGGAAAACAGUGACAAUCAUGAAGACAACACAUCGGCCGAUCGUGAGGUCAAUAAGACCUUCAAUCCCGAAGCGCAAUGUUUUCGUCCCAUCGAUGCGGUCAAUACGAGCAUGAACAAUUUGAGUUUGAGUCCAAAGACUUCACCACAUGCUGGCUCAUCGCCACAUUCGGCCUCCUCCAAUUCGCCCACCUACAAAGGUAGUCCCAAUCCGGCAGCAGCCGCAAACGGUUCGUUCAUGCAGCGCACACAAGCGCCACUAACAUUCACAACAGCCACCUUUGCUCAGACCAAAUUCGGUAGUACCAAAUUGAAAACCAGUUCCAAGCGCACCAAUAGCAGUUCGUACCGCAUGUCGCCCACUGAGUUCUCCAACUACAUUAAACAACGUGCCAUGCAACAACAACAACAGCAACUACAUCACGGCGGCCAUGGUAAUCCGAACCUGGCGCAACCACCGAACCACUUCGGUCCCAUCGGACCCGUCUCGCCAGCACGUUCACUCUCACCGAAUCCACUCUCACUGGGCUUAGGACAGAAUGGCGCUACAGUCGAUCCCUUCUACUUCCCCAACAUGGCCUCCAUGGGCAUGUAUCCACAAUUCAACGGACAUCGAAAUGUCUUCGACACGCAUUUCCAUGCCGCCGAGAAUAACGCGCUCUACGGCGGCGGCGCUGCCAAUCCAGCUAACGGCGCUCAUGGCAAGUUCAACAACUACCUGGAUCCACAUGGCUUCUAUGGCUUGGGCGGCAAUCAGCAUUUGCAGCAAGCUGCUGCGGUGGCGGCUGCUCAUCAGCAGCAACAACAGCAACAGCAAUCGCAAAUGGCACCACCACCCGGCGUGGUGGGCGCACCGUUGUCGGCACAGCAACAGCAACAACAACAACAUGUCAAUGGCAACAGCAAACUUGUGGUUGAGAAGAACGGCGCGGACAACAACAGCAGCAACAACGGCAAUAACAACAGCAAUAACGGCAUAACUGUGACCGUUUCGAAUGCCAGUAGCGCUGCCGAAACAACAAACACCGUCGUCACCAACAACGCAGUCAACAGCACUGCCCAGCAAACAACAACACCAACAGCCGUCAGUCCGUCACCAUUGGCUGCCGCAGCCGCUGCUGCCGUCGCUGCCAGCGCUGCCGCCGCCGCCGCGGCCAAUAGCAGCCAACAGCAGCAACAACAACAAGACUCAAACAACUCGAAACUGAUCGACGGUCUCAACUCGUUCUAUUCCAAUGCAGCCGGUCCCUACCAGCAACUGUUGGUGGCCAACUAAGGUGUUUGUAAAAUACAUAUUUUUUAUGGUUCUUUUUCACAUUUUUUUAACGUUGGUUAGUAGCAGCGUGCGCGUGGCGUCGCUGCAGUAGGCAAGCACAGAAUUAUUUUUUUAAAAGCUUAUUUUUUUAGUAAAAAGUAAACAAAAAAAAAACACUGCAAAAGCAAAAACAAAAAUUAUUAUAAAUAUAUAUGUAUGUAUAUUGUAUGUAUUACAAAAACAACAUACUUGUAGCUAAUGUGCAAACCAAAAAUAAGGAGAGGGAGCUGUAGCAAGAAGACAGUGCAAAGCGUCAACUUUUUUAAAGCAAAAUUAUAGCAAAUACAAAAACAACAAAAUACAAGUUUAUAAAUAGUGAAAUUCUGCUAGUGUAACUGUAAUUAUUACAACAAAAUAUGCAAAUUAGCAAAACAAAACACACAUACAUAACUACAAAAAUAUAUGAAGGCAAUGCUGGCAGGCGGCAUAAGCAAGCGAAGCGCAUGAUAGCUACAACAACAAAAGCAAAAAUGCAAAAAAAUGCAAGAAAUAAGAAAAUUACUAAACUACAACAACAUAUAUGUAAAUAUAUAUAUAAAUAUAUAAGCGGCGCUUGGCAGGCAGCGCAGCGCAGGGUGAGAAGUUUUGUAAUUAUGUGUGUAGGCGUGGCACCGACGGACGGACGGACAGGAGAAAUGCUGCAGCGCGUUGUUUUUAUAAACAAUUUAGAUAUUUAUAAUGAAAAACAACAAUAAAAACAAAAACAAAAAACAACAAUAAAAACAAAAACAACAACAACAAAAAACAAAAAUAACAACAACAAAAAACAAAAAUAACAACAACAAGACCAAAAAACAACAAACAAGAAAUCUAACCUAAAGCAACACUAUCAGCAUAGUAUACAAAAUUUCUCAAGUCGUUUUUUAUUAACUAGUUGUAAACGGACCAAAGCGGAAGCGGUAAUAGUAACGCAAACGGCAGUAGUGUGGCUGUAGUAGCGCAUGCAGCCAAAGCGCAGCUGGCAAACACAUAUAUAUAUAUAUAGUAAAUGAUACGAUCUAGUUAAAGUCUUAUUAUUGAUAAGUUUUAAAAUUAGUCAAAAAUGAAAAAGUGAAAAUCGUUUUGCUGUUUUUUAUACCCACACACACACACACAUUUUUCUAAUAUUCAAAUGUUGUAUGUAUUACAUAAGCGUAAAAAAAAACAUAUAUACCAUAUAUAUGAAAAUAUGAGAAUGUUAAAUGUUUUAUAAUGCUAUAUAUUAUUGUAUAACUACUUAUUACUAUUAUUAUUAUAUUAAAUUACAUUAUUAUUACUAUGAUUAUCAACAACAUUAUUGCUAUUAUUGUAACUAAAAAAAAACCAAACAAAAAAACGAUGAGAAAUGAAAGCAAAUCUAGUGAAAACAACAGUUAUGUAAGCUAAACGGCGGACUAUUGUAGAAACUUUAGCAGCAACUUAAGUACGCAUGCAUGCAGCACACACACACACAUACACAAACAAGCGCAGGAGACACGAGCAAGCUGUUGGUGAAGCAACAGCAAGAAAACUAAUCGUAUAUGCAAGAAAAAGGAGCAGGAGGCGAUAGUAAACGAGCAGACAAGGCUGUAAGACGAAAGCAAGAAGAAGAAGCAAUACAACUAACGGUAUAGUCAAGAAAAAAGGGUCGCAGGCGGUAAUAAACGAGCAGUAGGAGACAGUAAGACAAAAUUACUUGCAAGCGAGGGUGUUCCAAAAGCGAAUUGCUGACAGCAGCAACCAACACCAGCUCCUUUAAGGUGUAAAUAUUGCAACAACAACAAAAAAUAACAACAAAAACACACAUUUUCAACUUUGUGCAUGCCAGCAGCGUUUAUUUCGUAAAUCCAACAUCAAAGCUACUCUCCUGUGUCCUCCAGCCUUUGCGCAUGCGCGUGUGCGCAACAAGAACGCGUCAACUGUGCAGUGUGCAAUGCAUACAUACAUAUAAAACACACAUAAUGUAUCUCCAAAAACUACCUAUUAUUUGUCUAAAAUGUUUGUAGAUAAUUUUUUUAAUUUUUUAUUUAGUUGAAUUUUUUUAGUGCAAAGUGCAAAUUAAUUGUUUUUGUAUAGAUUAUUAUAAAUAAAGUUAAAAAGUACAUUUCGUAAUGCAAAUUAAUAUAUAUAUAAACAAAUAUAUAUAUAUAUACAUAUAUGUAUAUAUGUAUAUGCAACAUAUACAUAUAUAAAUAUAUACUUUUUCAUAUUUUUCUAAUUCAAUCAAAUUUGUAAUUUGUUACUGUGUAUGAAAGCGUUUUUUAUUGCUCUUACUAUUAUUAUUAUGAUAAAUAUUUUAAAUAUUUUUUAUUACUAAAUGUUAUUAUUAUAACACAUAACCUACACUUACAUGCAAAGAAAAAAAACAAAAAUAUUAAUGCUGAAAAAACAAAAACAAAUAGCAAAUAGGCGUUAAUUGCAAACGCAAAAGCAAAAGCAAAAUUAUUAUUGCAAAAGCAAGCAAAAAACAAAACAAAAACUGCAAAAGCAAUGCGCUGUUUACUUUGUACAGAGUUUGUUUGCUGUUACAUUGCAACACACACACAUACAUACAUACAAUAAUCGUUUUUAUUUUUAACAUUAAUGAUUUUUUUAUACUUUUUAUACAAAACAAAAACCAAUGUUUGUAGUGAUUAUAUAAAAUUCUGAAACUUUUUUAUUGAGAAUAUAAUAAAAACUUUUCCACGUUACAUAAAUUAAUGAAAACAACAAAAAAUACAAAA